GAUCAACAAUUUUAUAUUAUAAAUCGGUUUGUAGAAGAAAUUAUUGUCAUUUAAAUUUGGUUUCAUUUUGAAAACAACUUGAAGUUCAAAAUGAGUGAAACAGUUUUACUAUUGGGGAGCGGGUCUCGAGAGCAUACCCUGGCCUGGAAACUGGUGCAGUCCCACAAAGUUAACAAGAUUUAUGUGGCGCCAGGAAAUGGAGGCAUUCAUACAUUGGGAUCAAAGGUCCAGACCGUCGAUAUUAAAAAUGUGGACAAAGUGGUUGAGUGGUGUCUACAGAAUAAACCGCAACUGGUUGUGGUCGGACCCGAAGAUCCACUUGAAAGGGGUGUUGUCGACAAAUUGAGCGAAAAGGGAAUCCGUUGUUUUGGUCCUAACAGAGCCGCCGCGCAGAUUGAAAGCAACAAAUCAUUUGCUAAAGACUUUAUGAAAGUUCACGACAUACCGACCGCUCGCUACCAGAAUUUUAAAGAUGCGAACGAAGCAAAAAACUUUAUCAAAAGCGCGAAUUUUAAAGCUUUGGUCGUAAAGGCCAGUGGAUUAGCGGCGGGUAAGGGUGUUAUAGUGGCCGCCAAUGUAGAGGAGGCGUGUAAUGCCGUCGAUUCCAUUCUUGUGAAUAAAAGUUUUGGAACCGCUGGGGAUGUGGUUGUUGUGGAAGAGUUGCUCGAAGGCGAUGAGGUCUCAGUUCUUGCACUUACCGAUGGAACCCAUUUCAAGACAUUACUUCCAUCGCAAGACCACAAGAGAGCGUAUGAGAAC